AUCAAAAUGAGGUGGAGUUUACGACUGAGGUAAAAAGCAUUGUUAUUACCUGGCCACAAUAUCUAGGCCCAAAUGUCUGAAAACCGAUGUGUGCCAAAAUUGCAACUUGAAUUCACUUAAAAUUAACUGUACCAUAUGAAGUAGUACGUGAAAAUAAACAUCUGUUAGGGCUAUGCCAGUAAUCUAACCUUUAACCCGGUAUCUAUAGAAAUGCAUUACCUUUUAUAAACCCACUAAACAUAACAGUACAUGUAUUUACAAUUCAUGCUUGGCAGUUAGUAACAAUUGACCAUUUUGUAAAUUGCUCUAAAAUGCCAUUUAAAAACUUACAAAAAGGUGUAUUUGUUACAUAAUUUUCAUAACAGAUCGUACAUUUAAGUUUUAAUAGCAAAUAUUGGAGAUUAAUUUCUAUUGGGUAUUUUUUUUUUUAAUUCCAAAGCAUCGCCGACCCUUCAGAUAUGAAUUGUGGACAUGGUAUCUUGUAUAACCAGUAAAGUCAUUCUUCUCAGUGUCAUUCUGAUUAUUAUCUAAUGGGAAUUGCAUAUAUUCAAAAUGAACAAAUCAAAUGCGUUGAUUUCUUUUUAUCUUUACCGACGGCGGAGGCGGAUCUGACCCCUGCUUUUACGUAAUUCAUUUUGGGAGGAGCUCUUGCUCUGCUAGAGUUCCCAUUGGCUGUCAGCCCGUACCGUGUAGUGCGGGUCUCUCAUCAUAUUCAGCAUGUUUUGCACAAGAAAUGCCAGCCGGAAAGGGCUAUCUUCUCCCUUCGCCAAAACUUACCGCAACAAUGUCAUGCUCAGAUAGCCCGGCUGGAAACUCGUUUUUAGUAGACUCCCUGAUCAGUGGCAGCCGAAGCGAAGGAGCAGGGGGUUACUAUCAGGGCAGUGGCGGCUACCUGCCACCAGCUUCAGAGCUGUCGUACGGACUGCCGAAUUGUGGAUUUUUUUCUGGACUCGGUAAACGGAACGAGGGUAACUCCCACGCUAUGGUCCCCACGUCCAGCCCCUACAUGCCUGGGAUGGAGGUUUGGCUAGAUCCGCCACGAUCCUGCCCCAUGGAGCAGCCUGCGAGACAGCAGCAGGUAGCGCCUUGCUCCUUUUCUCCGAACAUUAAAGAGGAGAGUGCUUAUUGCCUGUAUGAGUCAGAGAAGUGUCCAAAGGGUUCAACAGCAGAGGAUCUCUCCUAUUCAAUGCUGAAUCCUGGGUCCUGUUCUGCCAGUGAUAACAGCACAGUGCCCGUACCAGGCUACUUCCGCCUGUCCCAGACUUAUGCAUCUCCCAAGGUUUAUUACGGGGUUCAAGCCGGUACUUCUGCGUUUGUUCUACAGCCUCAGAUUCGUUUUGAUACACCCCCGUCGUCUUCUGCUUCGGUAGAGGCUGGAAGGAAAGCGGGCGACGAAGCUUCCUCUAGUAAUUUAACUUGUGUCUCUCAAACAGAAGAAGAGACCGACGCUUCUUCAGCCGCAGAGGAAUCUUCAACAGAACCUCCUGUAAAUAGCAAAACAAGUCAUAACAAACCAACCGAAGGAGAUACAAAAAGUGAAAGCACUGCCAACUGGUUGACAGCGAAAAGUGGAAGAAAGAAAAGGUGUCCCUACACCAAACACCAGACUCUGGAGUUAGAAAAGGAGUUCCUUUUCAAUAUGUACCUGACUCGAGAGCGGCGCCUAGAGAUCAGCCGCUGUGUCCACCUGACUGACAGACAAGUCAAAAUCUGGUUUCAGAACCGUAGAAUGAAACUGAAGAAAAUGAGCCGGGAGAACAGGAUUCGAGAGCUCACAGCGAAUUUUAGCUUUUCCUGAUGAACUCCUCAGCUUCCGAUCGUCUACCCUUUCUUCAAAUUCUUGAGCGAUUACAAAAAGGUUUAAAGAACAUUAAGAAUAUAAUUUCUUCAAAUUACGUUUGUGGUU